CUUCCACUGACGACAUGCGAAUCAGUCGUCUUGUCACAUUGCUCUUGGAAUGAUGAAUAAGAAAUCUUAGAGAUGCGACUCAGAGCGGGUUUUGUGUAGUGCUCCAUUAUGGUGUCGCUCAACCACUUUUUUGUGAUUAUUGUGUUUGUUUUUAAAUGUCAUGCUCAAGCCUACCAACAAAUGCAAACUGGUUUGGCAAUCAAAGAUAUUUUCCCUGAAGAUCCCUCCCAAUAUGAUAAAAUGCGACCGCCUAAAAAAGAUGGUAAUCCGACCAUUGUAUAUUUUCACGUGACCGUCAUGGGAUUGGACAGUAUCGAUGAGGGUUCGAUGACGUAUGCGGCGGAUAUAUUUUUUGCUCAAACAUGGAAAGAUCAUAGACUUAGAUUGCCGGAAAACAUGACGUCGGAAUAUAGGCUGCUAGAAGUGGAUUGGUUGAAGAGCAUGUGGAGGCCAGACUCGUUCUUUAAAAAUGCCAAAUCGGUAACUUUUCAAACAAUGACUAUACCCAACCACUACAUGUGGUUGUAUAAAGAUAAAACUAUUUUGUACAUGGUCAAACUAACACUGAAAUUAUCUUGUGUAAUGAAUUUCAUGAUCUACCCUCAUGACACUCAAGAAUGUAAAUUGCAAAUGGAGAGUCUUUCCCAUACGACGGAUGAUAUGAUAUUUCAAUGGGAUCCUGAAGUACCAUUAGUUGUUGAUGAAAACAUUGAACUACCGCAAUUGGGAUUGGUGAAAAACUACACGGCUGAUUGCACUCAAGUUUAUUCCACAGGAAAUUUCACUUGUUUGGAAGUUGUUUUUGUUUUAAAACGACGUCUCGGUUAUUAUUUAUUUCACACCUAUAUACCAACUUGCCUCAUUGUAAUUAUGUCUUGGGUUUCGUUUUGGAUCAAACCGGAAGCAGCUCCAGCACGUGUCACUCUCGGUGUAACAUCCUUGUUGACGCUUUCCACUCAACAUGCCAAAAGCCAAGCUGCUUUGCCACCGGUUUCGUACCUGAAAGCUGUAGACGCGUUCAUGUCCACCUGUACCAUUUUUGUAUUCAUGGCGUUGAUGGAAUACUGCUUGGUCAACAUUGUGCUCGGUGAUCACGACAUGGUUAAACCAACGGAACCGCCCAAAAAAGAUAACUUAUUCGAAGUGGCCAAAGAAAAUUCAUUGUUGUUGACCGGUGCACCAAAACCUCCUCCAGCAGGUCCUACUUUGGCACAGAAAGCACGCAAUCGCGCCAUAAACAUUGACAGAUGCUCACGAGUUGGCUUUCCGUUUCUGUUUGCAUUGCUAAAUGCAAUUUAUUGGAUACUUUUUGCCGAAUACAUCUAAAGUGCUCAUUUAUUGUUUCAAAACACAACUAUUUUAAUUUGCUAGUUGUAAUUGAAGAUAAGGUUUGUGUCAAUUAGAAGAACUAUGCAUAUAUGUAUAUGUAACACACCUUGAGUUUGAAUUAUUAUAUUUGUUAUAAUACGUUAUGGCUUAAAAACAACUUAGAGGUUGAUCAUUAUGGCUGUAAAUUAUUAUUGAUUCUAUUGUUAACGUAUGUGUUUAAUAAACUAACAUAAUUACACUCGA